AUGCCCAGGGCGAGCCGCACUCCUGGGCAGGACGGUGCAUUUCAGCACCAGCUGACGUUCACCCCAUGCCCUGUGUUCUCUCCAGCCAGCUGCCUCCCCUUCACACUUCAAAGUGGGAGCCAAGGACCUGCCUUGCUGACUCUGAGAGACAGGACAGACCCCUGGGAGCCUACUUGCAAUGACCCCACAGAAGGCAGCCCGCAUUCCUGCAAAGCAACAGGUUUGACAGAUGAAAAAGUGAAGGCAUAUCUUUCUCUUAACCCCCAGGUACUAGAUGAAUUCGUAUUUGAAAGUGUUAGUGCGGAGACAGUAGAAAAAUGGCUGAAGAAGAAAAACAACAAACCAGAAGAUGAAUCGGCUCCCAAGGAAGUCAGCAGGUACCAGGAUACGAAUAUGCAGGGAGUGGUGUAUGAGCUGAACAGCUACAUAGAGCAGCGUUUGGACACAGGAGGUGAUAACCAGCUGCUCCUCUAUGAACUGAGUAGCAUCAUUAAAAUAGCCACAAAAGCUGAUGGAUUUGCACUGUAUUUCCUUGGAGAGUGUAAUAAUAGUCUUUGUGUGUUCACCCCACCGGGAAUCAAGGAAGGAAAGCCCCGGCUCGUCCCUGCUGGGCCCAUCGCCCAGGGUACCACCGUCUCUGCUUACGUGGCCAAGUCCCGAAAAACGUUACUAGUAGAAGACAUCCUUGGGGAUGAGCGAUUUCCAAGAGGCACUGGACUGGAAUCAGGGACCCGCAUCCAGUCUGUUCUUUGUUUGCCAAUUGUCACCGCAAUCGGUGAUUUGAUUGGCAUCCUGGAGCUGUAUCGGCACUGGGGCAAAGAAGCCUUCAGUCUGAGUCAUCAAGAGGUCGCAACCGCCAAUCUUGCCUGGGCCUCGGUAGCCAUACAUCAGGUGCAGGUAUGCAGAGGCCUUGCCAAACAGACUGAACUGAAUGACUUUCUACUCGACGUAUCAAAAACGUAUUUUGAUAACAUAGUCGCAAUAGAUUCUCUACUUGAACACAUAAUGAUAUAUGCAAAAAACCUGGUGAAUGCCGAUCGUUGUGCACUUUUCCAGGUAGACCAUAAGAACAAGGAGUUGUAUUCAGACCUUUUUGACAUUGGAGAGGAAAAGGAAGGAAAACCUAUCUUCAAGAAGACCAAAGAAAUAAGAUUUUCAAUUGAGAAAGGGAUUGCUGGUCAAGUAGCAAGAACAGGGGAAGUCCUGAACAUUCCAGAUGCCUAUGCAGACCCUCGCUUUAACAGAGAAGUAGACCUGUACACGGGCUACACCACCCGGAACAUCCUGUGCAUGCCCAUCGUGAGCCGAGGCAGCGUGAUAGGGGUGGUGCAGAUGGUGAACAAAAUCAGUGGCAGUGCCUUCUCCAAAACAGACGAGAACAACUUCAAGAUGUUUGCUGUCUUCUGUGCUUUAGCCCUACACUGUGCCAAUAUGUAUCACAGAAUCCGUCAUUCCGAGUGCAUUUACCGGGUGACCAUGGAAAAGCUGUCUUACCACAGCAUCUGCACCGCCGAGGAGUGGCAGGGCCUCCUGAGCUUCAGUCUCCCUGUGCGUCUCUGCAAAGAAAUCGAAUUAUUCCACUUUGACAUUGGUCCUUUUGAAAACAUGUGGCCUGGAAUUUUUGUCUAUAUGGUCCACCGGUCCUGUGGCACAUCCUGCUUUGAGCUGGAAAAGCUGUGUCGCUUCAUUAUGUCUGUGAAGAAAAACUACCGGCGGGUUCCUUACCAUAACUGGAAGCAUGCGGUCACUGUGGCCCACUGCAUGUAUGCCAUACUCCAGAAUAGCCACGGGCUCUUCACCGACCUCGAGCGCAAAGGGCUGCUGAUCGCGUGUCUGUGUCAUGACCUGGACCACAGGGGCUUCAGUAACAGCUACCUGCAGAAGUUCGACCACCCCCUGGCAGCUCUCUACUCCACGUCCACCAUGGAGCAGCACCACUUCUCCCAGACUGUGUCCAUCCUCCAGUUGGAAGGGCACAAUAUCUUCUCCACCCUGAGCUCCAGUGAAUAUGAGCAGGUGCUUGAGAUCAUCCGCAAAGCCAUCAUUGCCACAGACCUUGCUUUGUACUUUGGAAACAGGAAACAGUUGGAAGAGAUGUACCAGACUGGAUCGCUCAACCUUAAUAAUCAAUCACAUAGAGACCGUGUCAUUGGUUUGAUGAUGACUGCCUGUGAUCUUUGUUCUGUGACAAAACUGUGGCCAGUUACAAAAUUGACGGCAAAUGAUAUAUAUGCAGAAUUCUGGGCUGAGGGGGAUGAGAUGAAGAAACUGGGGUUACAGCCCAUCCCUAUGAUGGACAGAGACAAGCGGGAUGAAGUCCCCCAGGGUCAGCUCGGAUUCUACAAUGCCGUGGCCAUCCCCUGCUACACCACCCUCACCCAGAUCUUCCCGCCCACAGAGCCUCUCCUCAAAGCGUGCCGGAAUAACCUCAGCCAGUGGGAGAAGGUGAUCCGCGGGGAGGAGAGCGCCCUGUGGAUCUCAGCCCAGCCGGCGGCCCCGGGGGCCUCUGAGAAGCUGCCAGUGAAGAUGGAUGACUGACGCUGACGCAAGCUGCCCCCCGAAGAUGCUCGUCUUGCUUUGACUGUUCGUCCUUUUAUUUUUGUGGGGGGAGACCUACACCUGGUGCCUGGGAUGCAGACCUCUUCAGGAAGGCAACGUCAAGUGAAUGUGCUGAGCAGGGGCCUCCCUGCCAGCCUCAUUGGUGGCUCAGUACACAGAGGACUACCCCAGGGCGAGAAGCCACCUGCCCAGCAACUCCAUUCGACUUGCAAACUGGCCUUUUCUAACGGCUAACAUUGCUGAGGCUUUAAUUGGAAUGGACACAAAUUGUUCAGAAGGGGGUACUUUUCCAUUGUCUUUCUAGUGAGGGUUUAAAAUGGUACUACUAUGAUAUUGUACUUUGACUUCAGCACCAAUGUGGCUUUGAUGUUACUGGUUAUAAAUAGGAACCCUUCCACAUCCCUAUUGUGAAUGUCCAUGUGUGACCUCUGUGGUUAGUAUGAACUGUAGCAGACAGCCUCAGGAGAAACGCCGUCGGGGUCACAGAGUAACGAGCAUGUUUCGGCAAUCAGUGGCGGAAAACAGCUUCUUGUCUGAGAGCCUCAUGAAUGAGAAAUUAGGUGGACUGAUGUGUAUUCUUGAAGUUUAUACUAAAGGGCUUAGAUAAAUAAAUUUACCACUAAAGGAAGUAGAUUUUGUAGCCUUUUGAGAAGAGGUGCAAAUAUAUAUCAAAGUAAAUCUCAGAACUCCCAAGUAUCAAUUCAAAAGAUGUCAAAGAAUAUUAAAAAAAAUUUUUCUUCAUUAUAGUCUUGGCAAAUUCUCUCAACUCUUUGCGUGAAGAACAAAAUAAAAACAAAGCAUGUCAACAUUUUUUUUUUUUUGCAAAUGAGACUUAUGGAUAUAAAAAUGUAAAUUUUUAAUAAUGGUUUAUGUUUUCCCUGGGUGUCAUUUAGACUCACAUUCACAAUUAAAGAUUUGGUCUAUGAGUUAUUUAAUUAAUAUACCAUAUAUUUAUUUCUCUGAAUAUCAAAUUAAACCAUAAGUUUAGGUCUUCUUUAGUUCUUGCUUUGACCUGCUGCGUCAUCUUCCAUUACCCCUUUCUUUGUGUUACUCAGUCAUGUCUCAGAAGUUUUCAUCCCAUGACGGAAAAGAAUACAGUUCAGCUGCAUUGUAGCUGAUUUCUGCUCUCUCUGCUCUGCUUAAGGUCAAAUAUUUACCUGGAAACCUGGCUUGAAGAGUUUCUUCUGUAUAAUUUUUGGUAUUGUAGACUAAUGCUCUGCAAUGUAAAUGUUUUGAAAAAAUAUAAAUCUGAACCUAAAGUAAUAGUCUGAACCCCUUCCUACAUGGAUGAUAAGCCAGUCACCUCUGGUGCCUGUCAAUGCUUUAAAGAUUUUUGGCACCAGGACACAGUGACUUCUGAAGAUGGGGUUGGUGUUGACCUGAACGAAGAAGGAAAGUUCACAAGGCAAUAGGCCAGUCCACAGCAACAGUCCGUCCACUGCUCAUCUGGCCUGACAGGAGACCAGGCUGUUAUGUUUAAUAAAAUAAGUCUGCGAAAUAGGUUUUGUAUUCGGUACUGUACACGCUGUUGCUCACAUGAGCUUGGUUUUCACAAAACAGAAAAUGAAAUUGGAUGUUUCUACAACAUGGUUUAUUUCGUAACUCAUGUUGUAACAGAGUUAGCUAUACAUAAACAUGGUUCUUAUUUUAAAAUUAACACUAUGUGUUCAAUUUCCUUAUGGGCUUCUGAGAAUUGCCAUCUUCCCUCCAUGGACCCUCGUUUACUAUUGUAAUUAUACGAUACGAAGUAAAUGAAAUAACUAGAGAGAGAGAAAUACCACUGUGGCUAGACACACACACACACACACACCUGCCUAUGUGUACAUACAUACGUAUGUAUGUAGAUAUAAACACAUCUACAAAAGAUAAAAAUCAGCCCUAUUCUUCAAAGACACUGAUUUUUCAUGUUGGAAAACACAUUGUAUGGUAAAGAAUUGACUAGAAAAUGUCGCUUUUCAUGUUAGUGUUUUCAUAGAAUUGAAUUCUAACAGUUGUGUAUUUUCUGCACCCAAAUUUAUGAAAAUGGAUGCACCAAAUUCACCUUUAAUCACACAAGUUAAUUUAGCCAUCUAGUUUAACUUGGAGACUGAAUUGUAAGGGUGGAAGAAAUACUAUUUAAGGUUGUUGUUUAAUUAAAAGGAUUUUGAAAGAA